AUGACGGGAAUAGUGCGAUUUGACGAUGUCAAGAUAACACCUAAUGUGUCCGUUGGAUUAGCAAGCAAGCGCUUUUACAUUCUCCCCGUCCCUUUUAUACCCACUGUUGUUCCUUCGUGCGAAUUGAUGCUGCCAAUGCUUUCUUUCCCUCUUCUCUGGUGCAGUUCGCAAGCUAUGGGCCCUGAUAGCGGCACUGGCCGGAAAGGGGUGGGGCCGGCGGUGGGGAAAGUUCCCAAAUCCACUGGUGGCAAGGGCCGGCAAGCGGUUGGGCGUGUGGUGGAGAAGGGAAAGAAGGAAGUCAAGCGGAUGUACGAAGCCGUCACCAAAAAGCGUGGAAGGACCAAGACA